AUGUCUAAAGUCCAGCCCCACGACCUCCAAUGCCUCACCAUCGACCAACUAGAAAAGCUCGCCGCCGAGCGCAUGGACAAGCAAACACGCGACUACUACAACGAAGGCGCAGACUCCGGUACCACAUUAGCUGAAAACAAAUCCGCGUACCAAAAGUACCGCAUCCGGCCACGCGUCUUGCGAGAUGUCUCUUUUAUCGACACCAGUGUCGAAAUCUUCGGGUUCAAAAACAGCAUUCCACUAGGAGUCGCUCCAACAGCUAUGCAACGUCUUGCGCAUCAGGAUGGAGAGCUAGCAACUGCGCGCGCGUGUAAGAAGGAGGGUGUUGUUAUGGGAUUGAGCAGUUUUAGUACGACGAGUUUGGAGGAUGUGAAGGGUGCGUUGGGGGAGGAGCAUCCGGGGUUAUUGCAGUUGUAUCUUUUUGAGGAUAGGGAGGAGAGUAAGGAUUUGAUUGCGAGGGCGAAGAAGGCGGGGUAUAAGGCUGUGGCUUUGACCGUUGAUACGCCAAUGCUUGGGCGCAGGAAUCUUGAGAUCAAAAAUCAGUUUAGUCUACCGAGACAUUUGAAGUCGGCUAACUUCAACCGGGAGGGUACUGAGUCGGAGAAGGAAGCAAAAGCAAACAUAGCCCGUAAGCGGAAGCAAGAGCAGGAAGCCAGCCAAGCAGGCCAUCAUGACGGCUCCCAGUGGGUCUCACCAACCGGCCGCAUCACCUUCCACUCGCACGCUCCUAACCCAACACUGGACUGGGAGCGUGAUAUCGACUGGCUCAAGCAGCAGUGUCACCCGGAAAUGGAAGUGUGGGUGAAAGGCAUCGCCACUGGCGAAGACGCCAUUCUCGCCUGCCAUCAUGGUGUCGAUGGCAUCAUUGUCUCUAACCACGGAGGCAGGCAGCUGAAUGGCGCACUGGCUACGAUCGACAUGCUUCCAGAAGUCGUGGAGGCUGUUCGCUCAAUGGAUCGUAAGAUGCCAGUACACGUCGAUGGUGGCAUCCGUCACGGUACGGAUGUCUUCAAGGCGCUAGCCCUUGGUGCAGACUUUGUCUGGAUUGGACGACCGGUGCUGUGGGGACUGGCCUACAACGGUCAAGAGGGUGUGGAGUUGUGCUUAAAACUGAUAAAUGACGAGAUCAGGUUGUGCAUGGGGCUUGCCGGCGUGACGAAAGUAGAUGAGAUCGGCAAAGAGUACCUGGCAAAGAUCAAUCGCGAUGGUUUCAUGAGUCGUUUGUAA